AUGACCGCCGUCGUCCCUAAAGGGAAUGGCCGAGAUUGCAGUUCCCCGGACCUCGAUUCGUAUUCGCCGUGGGUUUCCCAGUCACACGGCAGAGAUAUGCAUCGGUUGAAAAUCAUCGGCCGUUGCAACGCACGUGGGCAGAUGUCGAUGCGGGGGUUUAGGCCUUACUGUUGUUGUUGGAGUGCUUCCUUUCGAUGGAGCUUGAUGACGGCACGGCGGAGGCUAGAGCGGCUCAUACGCGACCUUGUCGCCCAAAAGGACUAUUCCAGGGUCGAGGCGGUUCUCGACCAGCUCUGCAACGACUUCGCCUAUGCCGUCCACCAGCCUCAUGCACGGAACGGAGGACUGAUAGGACUGGCUGCCGCUGCCAUUGCUCUCGGCUCGGAGCUCGCUAGGUAUCUUGAAGUUAUUGUACCCCCGGUGCUCGCCUGCAUCACGGAUCAGGAUGCCCGUGUUCGGUACUACGCCUGUGAGGCGAUGUACAACAUUGCCAAAGUGGCAAAGGGCGAGAUUUUGAUUUACUUCAACCACAUUUUCGACGCCCUCUGCAAGCUGGGCGCCGACUCGGAGCUAUCUGUCAAGAAUGGGGCCGAGUUGCUCGACCGUCUUAUCAAGGACAUCGUUUCAGAAUCUGCCGCCACGUUUGUCUCUUCCUUGGAGCAGCCACCCCCUUAUCAAGAAGACGAUAAAGAUGCACCUGACGAUUCAGUCGAGCUCCCGAGAGCAUUCUCCUUGAAACGCUUCAUCCCUCUUCUCAGGGAUCGCAUCUACGCCCUCAACCCCUUCACGAGGACAUUUCUAGUUGGCUGGAUCAUCCUCCUCGACUCUAUCCCGGACCUGGAGCUCGUCACUUACCUCCCAGAUUUUCUUGGCGGCCUGCUACGCUUUUUGAGCGACUCGAACCGAGACGUUCAUGUCGCGACUCAGGGUUGUUUGGACAAGUUCCUCAACGAGAUCAAGCGCAUUGCCCGAAUCAAGAAAGGCAUCGCUGAGAGUAAGAGGUCAAAGGAGGGGAAGCGGAAGCGGGUUGAUUCGGUAGAGAGCGGCAGCGUACGGCCACAGCUCGAAGAGGGAGAUGAGCUGGAUUCCGAGACGGCUGCCGACGAUGACGAUAUCGACAGUGAAGACGACUGGGUCCCCGGCCAGGAUGUCCAGAUCAACUACAAGGCCAUUUUGGAGAUAUUGACGGCCACCCUUGAUUCACCAUUGGAGGAAGAUGGCUUAUUGGAGUCAUUACGUUGGAUCGUGGAAUUUCUUGAUAUAUGUCCCGAGGAAGUGCUUCCCUCCACACCAAAAAUACUAGCCCACCUUCUACCCGCCAUGGCGAGCGGCGUUGAACCAAUCCGUCAGGCCGCAGGGAGGGUGAACACGUCGCUCCUGAAUUAUGUCGUAUCUUUAUCCGACGAGGCGGAGGUGGCGAUGCCCCUGCUAUCACGGAUACCCGGUCCUCCACCGCCAGUGGGCGAACGGCAGGACGGGACCACGAGUGCUCGCGCUUCACUCUCCGGCUCUAGGGAUAUUGAAGUUCGGAGUCCCACGCCAGCUCAGGUGAAGGCCUCGCCGCGGACUCCAACCCCAAGCCUUCCUGUGCCUCAGCCACAGCCGGACCUCGAUUACGCUGCCGCGGUCAACUCGCUAACUCUUUUAUUCCUCAAUGAUCACGAGGCCACUCGGGUUGCCGCAUUGACGUGGCUAAUUAUGCUUCAUCGCAAGGCGCCGAGGAAAGUUCUCGCGUUUAAUGACGGGACAUUCCCGGCGCUACUCAAGACUCUCUCAGACCCCGCCGAGGCAGUCGUUACAAAAGACCUGCAGUUGCUGUCGCAGAUUUCGAGAAAUAGCGAAGAUGACUACUUCACAAAUUUCAUGGUCAGCCUCCUCCAACUAUUCUCGACAGACCGGAAGCUCCUCGAGACGCGCGGGAACCUUAUUAUCCGCCAGCUCUGUACGAGCCUCAGCGCAGAACGCAUCUACCGGACGCUAGCCGACUGCAUCGAGAAGGAGGAAGAUGUCGAGUUUGCCAGCAUUAUGGUUCAGAAUCUCAACAACAACCUAAUCACUGCACCGGAACUCGCCGAGUUGAGGAAACGUCUGCGUAACCUCGAGACCAAGAUCGACAAGCUUGUGCAGCUCCUUGAGUCGCCUGUUUUCACAUAUCUGCGACUCCAACUACUCGAGCCCGAGCGAUACCCGCACUUAUACAAGUGUCUAUACGGCCUCUUGAUGCUCCUGCCGCAAUCAUCGGCCUUUGCCGCUCUCAAGAACCGGCUCAACAGCGUGAGCUCAAUUGGGUAUCUACACAUCGCCCCUCGACCAAACGCAACAACACCCAACGCCCCCACCUUCGACCGUCCCAACCGCCUCAAGGGCCGAGAAGAAGGAAUCAUCCGUUGGGGCGAACUCCUCGAGAAGUUCCGCGCUGUGCAGGAGCGCGCUCGCAGACUGCAUCACAUGGGUGGCGGAGGAGAUUUGGAUGACCCCUCCGGCGGAGACUUGCGGAUCAGGGAUGGCAUGACGGACCAAAGGGGUCAGGGGGGCGAUGUCGGUGGCGGUGGACCGGGACGGGGGACGAGGAAUUCGGUGCCUGCUGUCAAGGAAACGCAGCCUGCGAAACCCGAGCCAACACCGAAGCCCAGGUCGGGGCUGGGGAGGCAGUUUGGACGACUGGGAGGGGCUGUGUCUGGGCGAGGCAAGCGCGCCUAG